AUGUCAUUUGUAUCCACCACCAAGCUUAUCCAGCUCCAUGAUACUCACCUUCAUAUCGAGCAAUCAUCUCCUCGUGUACAAUCCCAAAACUAUCCAACCAUUAUCUUUCUCCAUUUCUGGGGAGGAUCUUCCAAGACAUGGUCUCCCGUCAAUGAUUUAAUUGCACCGAUCUUCCCAACUAUCCGAAUCGACUGUCGGGGAUGGGGCAACUCUACUGGCCCUGCUGACGAGACCGAAUACUCUAUCCUCAAACUUACUCAGGAUGUCGAGCAUGUCAUCAAGAAGCUUGCCCUUCAGAAUUAUGUCAUAGUCGGCCAUUCAAUGGGCGCAAAGGUGGCUCAAGCCAUUGCUGGACGAAGACUUGUUGAUGGGCUUACAGGUCUAGUCCUGCUUUGCCCUGCGCCCCCAACACCUCUCGUACUGAGCCAGGAGAUGCGUGAUCAGCAAAUCUGUGCCUACGAUAACGCUCAGAACGCUGAGUUUGUUGUAAGAAAUGUUCUUACAGCGAAAGCCUUGCCUAACGAGACAGUUCAUGGAAUUGUGGAGGACAUGUUGAAGGGCAAUGCGUCUGCUAAAGCUGCAUGGCCACGAUAUGCUAUGAAUGAAGAUAUUCUGGAGCUGGCCAGGAGUAUCUCGGUGCCAACGGUUAUUAUUGCGGGUGACAAAGAUCAAGUGGAACCUGUGGCUCGUGUUAAGACAGAAGUCUCGGGUAACAUCCCCGGCGCACGAUUAAUUGUGUUGGAAGAAGUUGGGCAUCUGGCCCUUCUAGAGGUACCAGAGAAAGUGGCAGAGGUCAUAGCUGGCUUGGUACUCACCAGUAUCUAG